CCUCUCUAAAUUCUAAUCUGAACGGACGAAACCACCGUCCGAGAAGACAGUGAAGGACAGAAGCCAGAAGGGUCUCAAUUCUCAACCACCACAGAUAACUAUCAUUAAAUACCCCGUCAUUUUCUCUUAAACGACAGUAAAUCCAAUAACACGCAUUCUCUGGAAUUGCUUCCUCUCCACUCCGUGUGCUUUAGCUUUUAGUUGGCUUUCCCACCAAAACCUAAACGCAUGAUCUCACUCACUAACCAUAAAUCAGUAUUAAUUUCUCCUCGCCAGGGUAUCUACAUUCUUUCUACUGUAAAUCUCAUCGGCGGAGACGUCCAAAAUGCAUCAAUUUCGACAUCCGGCCAUGACCUUCGACGAGGUUUCCAUGGAGAGAAGCAAGAGCUUCGUAAAGGCUUUGCAGGAACUGAAGAACUUAAGACCUCAACUUUAUUCUGCUGCUGAAUACUGUGAGAAGUCUUAUCUUAAUAGUGAACAGAAACAAAUGGUGCUGGAUAACCUGAAAGACUAUGCAGUACGAGCUCUUGUCAAUGCUGUUGAUCACCUUGGUACAGUUGCUUACAAGUUAACUGAUCUCUUUGAACAACAAACAUUAGAAGUCUCGACAAUGGAGCUAAAGGUUUCCUGUCUUGAUCAGCAACUUCUUACCUGUCAAAUAUACAUGGAUAAAGAAGGCCUUAGGCAGCAACAAUUGUUGGCGUUCAUCCCACGGCAUCACAAGCAUUACAUUUUACCGAAUUCAGUCAACAAGAAAGUGCAGUUUAGUCCACAGAUACAAGCAGCAGACGCCAGGCAAAUGCAUUUUCAAGCAAGAUCCCGUCUUCACACUUCAGGCACCCCUCCAUCAAAAACUCUUUCCUGGCAUUUAGCCUCAGAAACCAAGUCCACCUUGAAUGGGACUCAACAUGCUUUGAUGGGCAUGGAAGGCCCAAAAGCUUCUGGAUCAACUUCUGGAACAUUCCAACUAUUGGAUCCUGAAGAAUCUGUCUCAUCAAAAUCCUCAACUGCUCGUCUCCACUUUUCUAGUGGAAGUUCUGCUUCUAGUACAGUUCCGCAAACAUUUGGUGUCACAAGGAGGGAUACUUCUUCAGAGGGAUCUAAACAAUUGACAGCAUUCAGGUCCAUUGACAACCGAGGCCAUAAUCAGAUUAUUCGUGCCCCUGUUCGCCGUAAAAGCAUACUGUCAGCAUUCUUUGUCAAACCAAAGCUCAGGUCAUAAGCAUAUGAAGUUCUGAACAAUCAGAGAUGCCGUCAUUCAAAAUUUCCAAUCUGGGGGAGGGGUGUUCACCAACUGAUCAGUUGGUGUUUGUGCCUAUUUUUGUGAGAGAAAUACUUAUUAGUAGUCUAUGCUCUCAGAGGCAUAUCGAUUGCAUGGCAUGACCCUCUAUAUUCGAUGGUUGAAUUUCAUACGACUUCUCUCUAAAAUCAAGCCUGAUUCGAGCUGCUGGUUAUCAACUAAUAAAUUGGUUGAUUCAUCAGUGUAAUGGGAUUGUUUGGUAUAUUCUUUUCUGCUCCUUUUAUGUAUAUCACUUUGUUAGUAGCUGAUUCGCUGUAAAUUUAGUUUUGUUGAUGGAAGAAGAUUUCAUUAUCCAUUGCAAUAUUGCACCCUUCGACUAGUUGACCAUUUUGUUUGGCAACCUAUUCUGUAGUCUGUACCUCUAAUUUCAUAUAUAUAUUUUUGAGUGUUUGUUGCUUGGUA